UAUUUUUGAAUGGUUAAAAUUACAAAAUGAAUUUGGUCUCAAUAUUUCUCUGCAGUUUUCUGCCUGGUACUCUGCUCAUUGAUCCUCUUACUGCAGGUGGUAUACUGGGAGCUUCUUCUGUAUUGUUUGGAACUAGAAACUAUAUUUACUGUCAGUUUAGAGAAUGCUGCCAGGAACCCUAUAUACGGAGUAAUCUACCAGGACUCAAGGAAGCUUUAGAGGAGAAUGUGUUUGGUCAACAUAUUGUUACAGAAACAGUUAUUAAAUCAAUGAGAAUGCAUUUAAGAAAGGAUCAACCAAAGAAAGCUCUUGCCAUGAGUUUUCACGGAUGGACUGGAUCAGGGAAGAAUUAUGUUUCCAACUUUGUUGCUGAGAGUUUAUACAAAGAAGGACUAAAUAGUAAAUUUGUUCAUAAUUUCAUCUCCACUCUACACUUCCCAGGACAAGAUGUAGAGGCCUAUAAGUCUAACCUGCAGAACUGGAUUAAAGAGAAUGUAACACUGUGCCAAAGAUCACUUUUUAUAUUUGAUGAGAUUGAUAAACUUCCUUCCGGAGUCAUUGAUGCAAUUAUACCAUUCAUAGAUUUCCACGAGGUUGUAGACGGGGUAGACUAUAGGAAAUCUAUUUUUAUAUUCCUCAGUAAUACUGGAGGAAAGGAGAUAACCAAGUUCGCGUACAAGCACUGGGAGAACGGUAUGCAGCGAAAAGAUCUAUCCUAUUCAGAUUUAGAGGAAAGUCUUAACCUUGGAGCUUUCAAUGAACUCGGUGGAUUGCAGAACGCAGAUCUUAUUCAAAAAUCAUUAAUAGACAUGUACGUUCCUUUUCUACCCUUGGAGAAAUCCCAUGUUAAACUCUGUAUCAGACGAGAAUUGGAAAAAAGAAAAACUGAGGAGAGAAAACAAAUGGAAGAUAGGUCUGAGAAUGAUUUUGUUUCCUUGAUAACGUUCAGUGAUGAGGAUAUUGAUGAUAUGGCGGAUAAACUGAGCUACUGGCCUAAAGAUGUCGAAAUAUUCAGUAAGAACGGAUGCAAGAAGAUUAGUGGUUUGGUUGACUGGUUUCUCGAGAAGGAUUGGGAAUAAAUUCAGAAACUGUCCUUGCUGCUUGCUCUCUCUUAUCCUGAUAACAAAACUGAACAAAUCAUUGAUUACUUAUCAUUGGAAGCUCAAGAAAUUUCAAACCAAAGUGAUUUUGUAAAUACAGAGUUGGGAAUUUAUAGUGUUGAACAGUGGCUUUAGUUCAAUUGCCUCUUUUGUUCAUAAAUAUUCACCUUCGAACUAGCUAAACUAUAUUUAGAGGCAUGAAGAAGAAAAUAAAUGUUAUAUACUGAU